ACCAAAAAUUCAAGCUUUAUACUCUAUACUCUGUUUUCUACAACCCAAUUUUGAGCUAAAAUGUCUCUGAUUCCAACUUUCUUUGGUCGGAGCAUUAUCGUCGACCCAUUAUCACUAGACAAAUGGGAUCCACUCGAAGGGUUUCCAAUUGCUAACCCUACAUCCUCUGUUCGUGAAACCUCUGUUUUUGCAAAUGCAAGAAUCGAUUGGAAAGAAACCCCGGAAGCUCAUGUUUUUAAAGUGGAUGUACCUGGGAUUAAGAAAGAGGAAGUGAAAGUUGAAGUUGAAGAAGGAAGGAUAUUGCAGAUUAGUGGUGAGAGGAGUAAAGAGCAAGAGGAGAAGAAUGAUCAAUGGCACUGUAUGGAGAGGAGUAGUGGUAAGUUUGUAAGGAGGUUUAGGUUGCCGGAGAAUGUGAAAAUGGGGGAAAUUAAGGCGGCGAUGGAGAAUGGUGUGCUUACUGUAACUGUUCCGAAAGAAGAAGAGAAGAAGCCUGAGGUGAAAGCCAUUGAUAUCUCUGGUUGAAAAAAAGUUGCAGAUCAAGUGUUUGUUGAAAGUCCUCUCUCAAUAAUGUUUGUGUUUUGGUUUGUUAUGUGUGUUUGUAAUUUGUCUAAGGUUUUGUGUGUAUUUUAACUUGAUCUUGUAAUCAAGAAAAUGUAAUGUGAGUUUAAUAAUGAAUAAUUUCCUUUGAACAUA